CGGGAAGCGCUGCUGCCUCCGCCCCCUUUAGCAGAGCAAGGGGAGGAGUGCAGACCAAGCGCCAGCCUGGGUGGGAGGGAGCUCCAUGUGGGGAGUUGGGAGACUAGGCAAGGAUCUGGAGAGGAGAAGCUCGGCUUCCAUCCUCCUAAACCCUCCAGCUCCGGGCUAGUGCCGCUGACCCAUGACUCUCCAAGAGGGCGCAGGAAGUGGGAUGGAGGAGCCCAGGUCCCAGAGCUCUGCUGCCCAAGUCUGGCUUCGGGCGCCUUAGAAGGACCGGGAGAAGGUGCGCACCGCGCCGGCAGCACCCAGGGAGCGCAGCCUGAUCCCCUGGCGGCUGGAGGUUUUCUGCUUUCUCCCGAGGAGAGCUGAACAAACAGAACCCUUAAGAAUGGUGACCAGCAUCUAACACAUUGUACCAUGUAGCAGAGGAACAAGUGAACUAUUAGGAAAGUAUGAUGAAUUUGUUUUGGUAUGCUAGCUUCAUAAUUCUACUGAUUUCUCCUCUUGAAGCUGAUAAUUGUGUGGAGGUUGAAGCACAACUAAUCUUAGUUAUUUUUGAAGAUGAACUUGAUGUUCGUCAAUGUGGUCAAAGAGCAUUUGACUCUUACAGUAAUCGAACUUGGUAUGGAAGUGAUGGUAAGACGCUCAUUUCAAUGGAUCAGAACUCUAGGGUUCACCAAUACAGAGAGAUACUUUGGUUUGCUCCAGCUGCAACAGAGGAUACAGGAUAUUAUUACUGUGUUGAAAGAAAUUCUACCCACUGCCACAAAGAGAAAUUCAAGAUAGAAAUUUUGAAGAAAAAUCCUGGAAUAUGUCAUAACGAGCAAAAUGAUUAUAUACAAAAAUUGCCUAUAGGACCCGGUGGCUUCAUUGUGUGUCCCCAUUUGGAUAUUUUUAAAGAUGAAAAUAAUAAUCUACCUAAAGUACAGUGGUAUAAGGAUUGCAAACCUCUUCUUGACACAAGAUUUCAAGGAAAAAAGAAAGAUCUUUUCCUGGAUGAUAUACAGAAAGUGGAUCAGGGGCACUAUACCUGCCUUAUAUCCUAUCCUUAUAUAGGGAAGCAUUAUAAUGUUACUCGGUCAAUUCAUCUAAGUAUUAUGGGAUCAGGAAAGAAAAAACUACCAACAAUUCUGGCACCUGAAAACAAGACAAUGGAGGUAGAACUUGGGUCCCGGUUGCUUUUGGACUGCAAUUUCACAGUUGGAAAGAACCAAUAUCCCUAUUGGUCUUGGAAUGGAUCAUAUGCUGACAUUGAUCCCAAUAUUGCAUGGUUUACGCCUCAAAUCCCAAAUUUAACCAAAACGAAUCCCAGUACAGAGAUUUGCAGGCUUAAUGUUUCCAAAGUUCAAAGUAAACAUUAUCUGUACCCAUUUAUCUGUUCGGUUAAAAAUGGUGCUGGUGAGGUUUCAGCAUAUAUUGCCUUGAUACCACCAGUCCCGGAUUAUAAGAUAUACCUGAUUGCUGGAUUCAUCACUUUGACAUUAGUAAUUACAUUCUCCAUGAUUAUCUACAAAUUUUUCAAGGUUGAAAUUGUGCUUCUAUAUAGGGAUUCUUGCCAUCCUUAUUUCCUGAAAAAAGUUUCAGAUGGAAAGCUCUAUGAUGCAUAUAUCCUAUAUCCAAAAAAUUCUGGAGAAGGGUCCACCUAUACCUCAGACAUAUUUGUGUUUAAAAUCUUGCCUGAGGUCUUGGAAAAUCAAUGUGGAUAUAAUCUUUUCAUCUAUGGAAGGGAUGACCUUGUUGGAGAAGAUGCCAUCAUGGUCACCAAUGAGAACAUUAUGAAAAGCAGAAGACUGAUCAUUGUCUUAAUGGGAGAAUCAUCAAGUUACAACUGGCUGGGAAACACAUCAGAACAGCAAAUAGCCAUGUAUAAUGCUCUUGUCCACGAUGGAAUUAAAAUCAUCAUGGUUGAACUAGAAAAAAUUAAGAGCUAUGAGCAUAUGCCAGAAUCUAUUAAAUACCUCAAACAGAAAUAUGGUGUCAUCCGAUGGUCAGGGGACUUCAUGGAAGAAACUCCAUCUGCAAAGACAAAAUUCUGGAAAUGCAUCAGGUACCACAUGCCAGCACAGCAGCAUUGGUCUUCUUCCCCAAGGGAACCCCUGGCCUUAGACUCUGUGCUUAACUAUAAGAAGAAAGAGCACACAGCACUUUGAGCACUCAGGGAAGCUCUCUUUGCAAGACUGCACAGAUGAAUGAAUGGUCUCUAGAAGGAGAAGCUACCUGUUUGCCUUACAUAUUUCCAAGUUGGACAAAUUUUCAUGGUGGUUCUUCCAGUCAUGGGGUGUGUGUGUGUGUGUGUGUGUGUGUGUGUGUGUGUGUGUGUGUGUGUGUGUGUGUGUUUAGUUACUUGCCACUAUGUGGUCCCCUAGAAUUUUGUUUCAGUAUUAAAAGUAGUUCAUAGAUGAUAAAAUCUUUGACAGUGAAGUAAAGACUAGAAUGAAUCAAGGGCAUGGUGGUGUGAAAGAACAUUAAAGGGGAGAGGUAGGAGAGGGCAGAAAACUUCCAUAUUUUCCUUGAAAGCCAGAACUAUGCAAGACACCAACAUAUAAAAAAUAAUACUAAGAAGGGAGCAUGAGGCCAUUGAAGAUAUAUCUUAAAUAGUUAUCUGUCUAGAAAAGAGAGUUGGCAGACCUGAUCUUUAGCUUGGCCUUUGAAGGACCACAGCUUUCACCAGCCAGUUAAUCAAAGAGGAAAUAUAGCUAGAAAAUUCCUCCCACAACUAGGUUCAGUUUGUGUGUAUGUGUGUGUCUUUGAACAAAUGACACUUCACAGAGGAAGAAUUUCAUAGACAUCUUUAUACUGGCUUUGCUCUUGCUAUAUCCAUCCGAAUUUCCUGCUAUCUGUCAGUUUCCAAAGAAUAAAUGAAAAUUUUAUAUUGAUGCUUUUAAUUACAUUAAUGGUUAGAACUAUUCUCUAGGAUUACAGAGCCUUUAAAAUGGCACUUGACCUUAGAUUUCUGUAAGGAUGGUGACCUAAAACAGAAAGGAAAAGAGCAUUGUCUUUUAGAUCUGGUCAAGAUUUCACUGGGCUACAUACUAGUUUUUAGAAGUGGGUCUCUAAAGAAAUAAAAACACAAGCAUUUCAUAGAGAAAAAGGAUAUUUCUUAUGAAAGAAAUUUUAGUGAGGAGUCCCAGAUAACAUCGGUGGGUCAACAAGUAUUCAUUACAGUACAGUGGUACAGGACUUAUGAUAGUACCACACAUAAAAAAGAGAGAGGAAAAGGUUAUGAUUAAAUGCCUUUUUAUGUUCCAUUUAUAAUAUUGGGAGGAUUCGUGGGAACAUAAAGAAAGCUAAUUCUAAAACAUUUUGGUUGUAACUUGGAAUUAAUAGUUCAGUCUGUGAAAUAAAGGUAAGAGAAAGAAAAUAAUUUGAAAAAAUCAAACACUAAGAUUUUCAAGAACUGUUCAGUGCAAGUGGAGACCUUUAAACAGGGAGGUUUAAUUAUAAUGGCUUCUCAGGGAGGAAAAAUCUAAUUUUUCAUUCUUGGUAAGCUCCUUCUGCCUUUUUAAAAAAGCUCUUAUUUUCUUCCUAGAAUCAAUACUAAGUAUUGGUUCCAAGGCAGAAGAGUGGUAAAAGCUAGGCAAUGGGGAUUAAAUGACUUGCCCAUGGUCAUACAGUGUGGAAGUUUCUGAGGUCACAUUUGAACCCAGGACCUCUCAUCUCCAGGCAAGCUUGGCUAUCUUUCCACGGAGCCACUUACCUGUCUGUGCUUUAUUUUUUUAAUUAACAAACAUCUGUUCAUUUGUGUUGUUUUUUUCCUGGUUGUUUCAGAAGACUAUAUCCUCUCCAUUCCAUUUCAAAUUAAUGAUUUUUUUUAUCAUACUUUUGGUUAUGAUGCCAAAAGCUUUCGUAUAAAAAGUUCCUGCAAAUGCAGCAAAGCAUCGUCUUUGAGAGAUGUCAAAACUGCUUUAGGACAAGAUAUGUUCUCUCCCUCAUUCUAUAGGAAGAAAAGCAUUGAGCCAUUUUUUUCAGCGCCAAAUAUUUCCUUUUUUGAUAAAAUAUAUGGUUUAUAUUUUCACGAUAAAAAUGUUUGUUCACUUGUUUGUGUAACUCAAGCAGAUGUUAGAUAUUUUUAUGUAUUAAAACACCAAGUUCAUGAUUUUCAGCAAACCUAUUGAUUGCUUCCAAUCCAUUGUAUUUGUUUUCCAAUAAAGUUGUUUCAAACUUGUAA